AUGGAGGCUGGCGCCGAUCAGUUCCAGGAGGAAACCACGCACUUAGACAAGGGCUCAGUGGACAUCAUGGUGACGCAUGGACCACCCGCCGGCAAGCUGUACGGGAAACCAGGAAAGUUGCCAUCCUGCGUUUCCGAGCUGGUCACCUUUGUGCAGCCGAAGCUAUUCCUUUGUCCCUAG